CUUCAGGCUUGCCCAGCUCAGGGUCCAGCCAGCUGGCAGGGAAGCAGGACAGAGGUCACUUGAAUUCAGAUCACACAUCCCUGUUAAAUACAUCAGCUUUUAAAUCAAUCUUUGCUCAAAGUCCAGUGAGUUCUAAGACUAGCGCUCACUAGCCGACAGCCUUCCCGGGUGAACCAGCUCCUCUUCUUCCAGAUCCAGGGUGGUCCCCAGGAAAGGGGGAGGUUCCCUGCCCCACCCAAGGGAGGGUGGAGCUGAGCAGCAAGAGAAGAAGCUGCAAGAAGAGACUGAGGAAGGAAGGAGCAGGAUGGAGCCAGGAGACCGGGAGGAGGCGCAUGGAGCCUAGAGACACGUGAAGAAACUGCGCUUGUCUUUUGGUCGUGGACGGGGUGACACAGAUGUGGAAAUGGCUUCCUCUUUCCACCCCCGCGCAUGUAAGCUCUCCAAACAAGAAGGACAAAGCUAUGGCUUCUUCCUGCGAAUCGAGAAGGACACCGACGGCCACCUGGUCCGGCUGGUGGAGAAGAACAGCCCGGCGGAGCAGGCCGGCCUGCAGGACGGGGACAGGGUUCUGCGGAUUAACGGGGUCUUUGUCGACAAGGAGGAACAUAUGCAGGUGGUGGAUCUGUUCAGAAAGAGCGGGAAUUCAGUGACUCUGCUGGUUCUGGACGGGGAUUCCUACGAGAAAGCCGUGAAAAAACAGGUCAACUUGACAGAGCUGGGUCAAAGCCAGGAAUUGGAUGUGAAUGACAAGAAGUUGCCGCCUGUGCUGAAUGGAGGGGUGCAUGCCUGGGCCCAGCCCCGCCUCUGCUACCUGGUGAAGGAGGGCAGCAGCUACGGCUUCUCUCUGAAAACUGUCCAAGGUAAAAAGGGAGUGUACAUGGAAGAUAUAACGCCUCAAGGUGUGGCUAUGAGAGCUGGGGUCUUGGCUGAUGAUCAUGUCAUUGAAGUGAACGGCGAAAACGUAGAAAAUGCCAGCCACGAGGAAGUGGUUGAAAAGGUGAAGAAGGCGGGAAGCCGUAUCAUGUUCCUGCUGGUCGACAAGGAGACGGACAAGCGCCACAGCGAGCAGAAGAUACGAUUCGAGAGAGAAACGGCCAGUCUGAAGUUGCUGCCCCACCAGCCCAGGGUCGUGGAGAUGAAGAAGGGCAGCAACGGCUACGGCUUCUACCUGAAGGCAGGCCCGGAGCACAAGGGUCAAAUCAUCAAGGACAUAGAUUCUGGAAGCCCAGCGGAGGCGGCUGGCCUGAAGAACAACGACCUGGUGGUUGCGGUCAACGGCGAGUCCGUGGAGUCCCUUGACCACGACAGCGUGGUGGCGCUGAUCAGAAAGGGCGGGGAUCAGACGUCGCUGCUGGUGGUGGACAAGGAGGCUGACAACCUGUAUAGGCUGGCUCAUUUUUCUCCAGUCCUCUACUAUCAAAGUCAAGAACUGCCUAAUGGUUCUGUCAAGGAGGCUCAAGCUCCUGCUCCUGCUGCUCUGGAGGUCUCGUGUGCAGACGCCACAGAGGAAGCAGGAGAUCCCAGGCCUAAGCUCUGCAGGCUGGUCCGAGGAGAGAACGGCUACGGCUUUCACUUAAAUGCGGUUCGGGGUCAGCCAGGGUCGUUCAUCAAGGAGGUACAGGAGGACAGCCCAGCCGGCCUGGCUGGGCUGCAGGACGAGGAUGUCCUCAUCGAGGUGGACGGGGCGAACGUGCAGAGCGAGGCCUAUGAGAAGGUGGUGGAACGAAUCCAGAGCAGCGGGAAGGAAGUCACACUCUUAGUCUGUGGGAAGAAAGCCUACGAUUAUUUCCAGUCUAAGAAAAUCCCCAUUGUGUCCUCCAUGGCUGACCCACUGGACGUCAGCCCUGGGCCCAAGGAAGCCGAUCCCGGGCAGUCGGAGUGCGAGGCGGCCGUGCCCAGAGAACGAGCCCACAGCACAGCCUCCAGCUCGGCCUCCAGCUCCGAAGACACAGAGAUGUGAGAGCAAAUACUGGCUCUGGCUGGGAUUUAAUAGGAAUCCUUCAAGGAAUAAGCUGCCAUCCGUUCGCUAGCUGCUAGAGAGAUGCCCGGACACCAGCUCGUGCGGCCCUCUCUGCUGCCCCUGGCUGGGCAGCCGCGCUGACGGCUCACUGCCCAUCUGCUGAGAAGACUUAAGGCAGGAGUCGCUUCUUCUCACAGGAUCUCCUUCGAGCUCCUACUGAGCUACACUUGUCUGUGACGGCAUCGCUUUCUCUGCAGGCUCCUUGAGGACCAAAGAUGAUUAGUAAAUCUGUAUAUGUGAGAGCUACUGAUUAAAAUAUCUGUGCAGACAAGCCUAUUAAAUUCAUGCUUUUGUAAGAACGCGGUUGCUAAAAUAAAUACCAGUAAACGUCUUCUGAG